AUGGCCGACGAGAAACCCAAGGAAGGAGUCAAGACUGAGAACAACGAUCAUAUUAAUUUGAAGGUGGCGGGGCAGGAUGGUUCUGUGGUGCAAUUUAAGAUUAAGAGUCAUACCCCACUUAGUAAACUAAUGAAAGCUUAUUGUGAACGACAGGAUACAUCUGCACAGUUGGAAAUGGAGGAUGAAGAUACAAUUGAUGUGUUCCAGCAGCAGACAGGACGUGUCUUCUCAAAUAAACACAGAGGAGCCUGCUGUUUUACUCCAGAACUCUGA